AUGGCAACGUCCAAGCUGAGAUACGAAGGAAAAGUUACAAUUGUAACAGGAGGCUCAAAAGGAAUUGGAGAAGGAGUCGUCAGAGAGUUCGGUAAGUAAACAAAUACGAACGUCUACAGAUUUAUUUAAUUUCAGGGCCUUCCUCUCUGUUUUUAAAAUUAAGGUUUGUGUUGAAAUAUUUUAUACGACCGACUCUUUUCGUCCUAUUCAUAGGCUGCUGAAAGGUUCAUUUCUUGGUGGUGGGAGCUUUAGACAUCAUGUGACAACAUCAUAUGACUUUACACGAAGCUUUCCGACUCGAAUUUCUUGUAUAACGGAAGGGCAAAAUCUUAACUCAUAAGCAGGUUACUUAAUAAUUGAUUAAAAAAGUUAUAAAUAAGCAAAAAAGACAAAAAACAAACAAACAGAGACUCCCGCUAUCAAAAAAAAAACAAGAAAACUAAACUAAAAAACUCCUUCAAUUUCUUUCAGCGGUCAACAUCGUAUGGUGUUUAUUAUGAUUCAGUUAGUAGCAAGUUUUUUUUUUUACUUCAAUUGAAUACUAAUAAUGCAUCAGUCCCCCCCACCCCCUUGCCCAGGCCACUGCAGGGUAUUUGCUUUCCUUGUCAGUCGGGGGGGGGGGGUGGCGGGUUGUGGGGAGGCAUUAGCAAAUUUUGUGUGGUCUGGGCAUUUGCCUACCCUUGAUACCAAUGUAGUUUCCUAUCCUGAUAUAACUAAACAUUGCUUAUCAAAAUGUGGGGAACUUACUCCGUGAAAUCGGGAGCUAUUGACAUACGUGAAUCAACAUUUUUUUAUUGAAUCAAAUUUUUUUUGUUCUGGGAUUUGAAUAAAAUUUACGGGCACUUCUAAGAUCAUGUAUGCUUACAGUUGGCUUUGACUGAUUCAUAACAUCCAAAGGCAAAAUAAUGAAUUAUUGUUUUCUGUUACUUAGUAAAUAAAAUAGGUGUGAGCAUGGAUAUAUAAAUGUGGAAAACUAUUUUCUGUUUACUCAAAGUCUUUUAACAUCACCGUUUUGUUUCCUAGUGAAAGCUGGUGCCAAAGUUGUCUUUUGUGCUCGUGGGGGUAAGUUUCUUGAACAUAUUGUAUGUUAAUUUUCUGGUAAUUAUUGUCAAACCCUUCUGCCCAGAACAAAUAUGGAAAAAUGUUUGGUAUCCACACUCCAUUCACAUCACAAAUUCAUACUUACUCUCUGGAGUACAACUGCCUCCAUGCAGUGCAAAAAAAUGUUGGAAAAUUAUGUGGAAUUGUUAGAGGCCAUGUUAUAUGGUGCAGAAAAGUUCCAAUAUGAAACAAAUUGUAAUAUGUGAUUUCUGUUGGGAAGAUUUAAUAUAGAACACUCAUGGUCAGUAGAUUCUAAGCAACAUUAAUAUUUCAAUGGUUAAAUAGCAGCUAAAUAGCUGCAGUGUAAUGGCCUUAAAUGGGGUUUUUGAAAAUGAUUAUUUGAGUUCAUAAUAAACAAAUCUGCGCUGCAAGUGUUUUAUAUUUUAUGAUACAAGUAGUAUACUCAAAAUUGAUGCAUUGCUAUAUAUUAGACUGUUCAUUGAGUCCCCUAUUUUUUUGUAAGAUUGAGCACUUAACAGUUUGAGGGGCUGUCCUGGUUUCAUAGCCUUGUGGGGAGAGAGGCAAGAAAAAGUGGAGCGACUGUCCUAAUGUUACUGCAGCUCGCAUUCAAGGGGCACAUUUUUGCAGCAAUUAUGCAGGAUUAGUCAUCAGACAAUAGUUUGGUCAUCAGACAAUACAGUAAAAACCCACGAGUAAGAACCUUAGAUUUAAGAACCUGUCAGGGUAAAAUUUGCAAUUUAGACCCCCUCUAUAUAAGAACCUGUUUAGCUUAAAAUUUGGAGAAAGGUUCUUAUACAAAUGUUGUUUGAUUGAGGUCAUUGAGAAAAUGUUUAUAUUAUUGUGUUUUACAGAAUAAUCAUGUAUAUAAAGUUGUUUUGACUCAAGAAAUUAAAAUUCAUGUGAGAAUAGAUCUCUAUUAUGGUCAUAUUAAAAUAUAUAGAGAAUAUUACACGGUGGCGAGAAGAUAUGAAUUUUAUGUUCGAGUGGCAAGAACAAUAUCUCACGAGUGAGUGCAGCGAACGAGUGAGAUAUUGCUCUUGUCACUAGAACAUAAAAUUCAUAUCUUCGAGCUAACGUGUAAUAUUCUUUUUAUUAUAUAAACAUACUGGUGACGGCAUUUUUGAUGAUUUUCCGAAGAUUUCCGACCACCUACCGAAGAUUUCCGAAGAUUUUUCAAAUUGUCCCUAAGACCAGACGAACGUUCCCGAACAUUUUCCGAGAAUUUCCGAAAAUUUCCGAAGAUGUCUGAAGAUGUCUGAAGAUUGCCGAGCACUUUCGAGGAAGACCCGAAGAUGUUUCGAUGAUACACCAACGAAUUUAAGUACAAUUUAAGAGACAAACCUGAUGUCAGUGAAAUUAUCGAUAUCUUCACAUGUAAAAAUAUCGUAUUUUUGCAUGUGUCCAGAUACCACAUUUCUCGGUGGUAGAAAUCCUUGUAAAACACUGCAGUUUAUAUAAUAAAAGCAAUUAUUAGAUAUGCAAAUUUAAGGGUGCUGAUCACUAAAAUCUUCUUAGCAACGACAUAAUUUUUUGCAAGAAAUUAAGAACCCAUUAAGAACCUAGAUAGCCUAAAUUUAUGUUAACCACCAUUUAUGGAAGAACCUGUUUAGGCUAACCCUGGAAAAUGUAGGUUCUAAUCUUACUCGUGGGUUUUUACUGUAGAUGUUGAUUACCAUGGAAAACAAGUUUAGUUUAAAGGUGUUUCACUGACAAGUCCUCAUUUCUAUAAAACGGUUUCAUAAUAUUUCUGUCCACCUUACUUAAACUUUUGUGCUAUUUUGAGCUAGAUCUUCAUCAUUUUUAGGCCAGUGAAACUGGGGAGAGAAUUUAUUUCUGACUUGUAUUAAGUAGGGCAGACUCUUCUUGACUUUGCAGAGAUUGCAGAGUGAAAGUUUAUUAUGUACAAUAAAAUAGCUGUGCCUGACGGCAAGAAUUUAACUGAAAAUGCCAUAUUUUGGUGGUUUAGCAACAAGAACUUUGAAACCCAAGUAGUCAAUGAUUUUACUGUAAGAAGCUACAGAAAUUACUGCAAGCCUCAACAAGGCACAAGAAAUGUAUUUACAUUCGGCGGAGCUAAACGUAGUGGCAGUGACAGAGAAUGUAAAUACUUUCCUAUUGGUAUGAACGCACGUGAGCCGUUAUGGCGUUAAUUGACUCUAUUGUUAUUAGGUAUAUAAGGUUUUGACAGUUGUAAUGUAUUCAUCUCAGCUCUCGAACUAUCAACUUUUAUUUUUAUAUCUUACUUUAUUCAUCUAUCGAUUGAUUUUUUUACCUUUAACCCCCAGAAGUAUCGGUUGGGGAAUACGUUCCCAAUUUUUUCCCAUUGGGUUUUUGGGUUUUCGUAUCAGGCGGCGCACGUGAAUAGUUUAGCCUGAGUGACUUUAUUUAGGGAUAUUUAUAUACCAUUCUUUAGUUAUGAUGUUGAACUAGCUUUGUAUGAUAUUUGGACAGCAUUAAACACUCAGGCUCCUUAGUUCGAGCUGCACACCCAUUCCCGUCUCUUAGUCGUGAAUAUAAAUAGGAAGUAGUUUGUAAGUCUUCACCUAGGGUGGAAAGAAAGUCAUUUUUACAGCUUUCCAUUCGGGCAAGCUGAAGCUAACAUUUACUAAGCCCAAGUGACCUAUCAAGUAGCCCCCAAAAUUUUUUGAAGAGCAGAAAUGAUUUAACAGUUCUUCUGUAAGUUGAAUUCCUCAAACUACUUCACUUGCCCGUCCGGCAAGUUAAAAACAGAAUUCACUAGCCCAAUAGCAAAAUCCACUAGCCCCGGGCUAUCAGACACUACUUUCUUUGCACGCUGGAGUGAUAUUUUUUUGUGGGUUGGUUUUAAUCAAACAUUAUUAAUUUGGUAGCAUUGAAUUUAUUCCAGGCGAUAAUUUUGUUGUGGUGGCUUGCAUGUUCUUGCAACGAAAGAACUUCUUGUACCACUAAUCUUACGCUUGGAUUAUUUUUGGGCUGUACUGUUCAUUGCUAUUGGGACACUAUAAAUUGUGCACAAUACAUUCUCUUGGUAGUUAGUUUGAUGUGUUAUUAUACCAUGCAGCUAGUAAGUUUGUGAAUGUGGUUGACUUUGUUGGGCAGUACUUUGGGCAGUAAAUGUUUUAAUCAUUGAGAAGUAUCCCCCUAUCAGGUCUUUAUUUUGUACAUUGUAUUGUUGUGUUUAUGUCAUACCACCUGUAUUCUCUGUGUUGUGCCUUCAGAGGCUGAAGGGGAAAAACUUGAAAAAGAACUAAAUGGCAAAGGUCCUGGAGAAGCAUACUUUAUCAAAUGUGAUGUUACCAAAGAGGAAGAUAUCAAGGUCAGUUUACUUUCUAGAGUCCCUUCAAUCUGGAGUUAUUUUCUUAAACCCUAACUUUCUGGUAUCAAUAGACCUUUGGAAACGGUUUUUUCCUAUUUCGACAUGGACAAGUUAGGGAAGGUUUGUCAACUGCACUGGAGGAGGACCUUUAGUAAAAUUGUCAAGUUUGAAGGUGAUUUAUUGAAAACAAACAAAUAUAAACCAGGAAGAAGCAAAAUUGUAACUUUUUGGAGCUAUAUUUUUGCUUGUUUAAGGCAUAUCACUUUAAAUUUUGGCAGUGGUAUCGACAGAUUGUUCCUGACCGGUACAGUUCAAAUGUUGAAAAAACUGAGGAAGGGUCUGUUACUUGCAAAAAUCUUUGCAACACUUUAACGUGUUCACGAUCUUACACAGUGUACCUUAUUUAUCCUAGUUUAAGAUUCAUGUCAAUGUACAUGAACUACCAGCAUGCUAAGAUACAACAAUCGAAAGUUUUCUUCGCACACUCUGCUGGCACACUAUAAAAUCAGUCAAAAUUAAAGUUUUUGGUCUAUAAAUACAGACAUCCCAACACAGCUGUCUGACCACACCCUGCUAGCACACUCAUUAAGUCAACACUAAUUAAUGAUUUAGAGGUAACAAUGAUUUAGAGGUACAGUAGGGCAUCCUUGUAAAGAUUCUUUGUUUACCAUUCUUUAACACAUUGAAGCUUUGCAUUUGGGAUUCCAACCCAGUGCCACAUCCGUCUUGACCAUACCUACUGCCCUUGCUUCCCGAAGAAAAUGACCAUCUUUAUCCUAACACAGCUCUCGGCUAACUCUUUAGUGCACUCAAUCAGAUAAAACUGACUGUUAUGGUGUAUAGCCACAGUCAUCCCAACACAGCCCUCUCAGCUAACCCUUUAGUACACUCAAUCAGUUAAAACUGACUGUUCAGGUGUAUGUAGGCACAGUCAUCCCAACACAGCUCUCUCAGCUCACUAAGGUAACACUCUCAAUCAGUCAAAACUGAGUCUUUUGGUUUAUGACUCAUUCAUAUAAUUUCAAGACAAUUUUAUUAACGGUGUCUUUCUUUAUGUUAAUAAAGAAUUUAGUGGAGAAGACAGUUGAAAAGUAUGGUUGCAUUGACUGCCUCAUCAACAAUGCUGGAUGGCGUAAGUAGAGAAACCAAGUUUUAUCUUCUUUGUCAUAACAAACAGCAAACUAUUAAUGUUAAUCUGAAGUUUUGCAGUUGCAAAACCCAGCUAUCUUUGUUAUUAAUGUGCCUUAGUUUAAAUAAUAUCCAAGGUUGUAAAAUUAAUGAAGAGAGAUGGCAGGCAAUCCACAUCAGGAUGAUUGCAUGAGGGAAUGAAAAAAAGGAAUUAAAAUAGGUCAGCUGAAGGGACUGGCUCACUUUCUCCAUUCCUGUGAAGCCUCAACUUGAGUGACUGAAAUGAGGGUGCCUGUACGGUAGUGGAGUAUUUUUAUUACAGUUUGUGAUUCUAAUUACAUGAAUUUCGUUAAUGAAGAUGUUUUGCUUUUUAUGUUUUCAUCAUCUUGAAUUUUUUGCUUUGUUGACAGAUCCCCCAAGUAAAACAAUUGAUGAGACUUCAGUAGAUUUGUUCAGAGAACUGCUGAAUCUAAACCUUGUAAAUUAUUUCUUAUUUUGUAAAGUAAGUACAGUAUUGUUGUUCUAGGCUUUUUAGUUACAUGUAUAUGCAGGUGAAUAAUUUCUGUUUAAUUGUUACUUUUCAUAAGACAAAAGUGGAGGAAGAUUUUUUAAGGGACAUAUAGCUAUAGCAACAUCUUAAAAAAUACCUUCAUGGCAUUAAGGUUCAUGAUGUAAAAAUAUUUCUAUGUAUGUCAAAACAAGGCCAUGUGUAAAAUUUUUGUAGAUAUGAAAUAAGUUUAAUUUAUGUUAGAUUUUUCAGUUCGGUUUAUUUUGACUCAAUGUAGAUUGAUGUUUACAAGAUAAACGUCUCUUUCUAAUUAAUAUGAAAGUUUGAGUAUGAUGGCCAAGUGAACCAUUUGUUUUUCUAGUUGGCCACCAUAGAUUAGGAAAUUUGACAUUUUUUUUAUGCCUUUGACAUAUUUUUCUUUGCAGUUUGCUUUGCCUCACAUACGGAAAACAAAAGGAAACAUUAUCAACAUGUCAAGUUUAGUGGCACAAAUUGGCCAGCCGGGAGCUGUAGCAUAUGUUGCAAGCAAGGUAAUAAACAUUUUAACAUUUUAUAACCAUGCGUGUUCUGCAAUUUUCUCAAAUGUGCCGAUUUAUUUAAAAACAAACUAAAAAAAAAAGAUAUACCAAAUAAAAUUUUGACGAGAAAUAUGUCAGGAUUAAUUUUCUUUUUAGAGGGUGUAACAAACCUUCAGUUCUGUAGUUUUCAUAACUGGCCAUGGGAGUUUAGCCUAGAGAGAAAAAGGACUGUGAUAAUUAACUUGACUUGUGACUUUCUUGUAUUACAAGGGUGGGAUAACAUCAAUGACAAGAGCGCUCGCAGUUGAUGAGGCUAAAUAUGGAGUACGAGUUAACAGGUAAUUAAAAGUGAUUAUCAGUCAUUUAACACAUAGCAUAAGAAGCCCCUUUUUUAAUAACAGAUUAUGUUCUUUUUAGGCUAUCUAAUGAGGGACUGUGUAAUGGAUGUUUUCACCCCUCCUCUGACAUUAUUUUUUUCUCUACUAUCUCAAUAAUUUUGUAAGCUUGAAAAAUAGGUAAAAGGUAAGUUAAAGGCGCACAAGAGCAAAAGGCACAAAAAGCAGGAGCUUAUCCCAGUUUUCUUAGCAUGAAGCAUGCCUAGGAGUAUUGCUAGUCACCCCUGGACAGGAUGCUUGUCCAUCACAUGGUUACCCCCAGCAGUAUGUCGCCCGUACCCAUUUAUACACGCGGGUGAAGAGAGACAAAGUGGUGUAAAAUUCCUUGUCCAGGGGAACAACGUGAUGGGUAAGGCUUGAACCCCUGACAGGUCUCCAGAUUCGGAGUUAGAGGUGUUAACCGCUCCACCACUCGUCUCCACAGGUUGGAACAUUGGCAACAGUAAAACUAUUUUUAAGAAACCGAAAGUUUCACUUAUGUUUAGGAAUGCACGUAUUUAUGUACAACUGUACUUACUAGACUACUUCUCAAAAAAGAAAACGCUAUGAAUAGUUGUUCCUAAAAUAGUCCUGUAUAAUUUUCAGUGUUUCACCUGGUAAUGUGUGGACACCAUUGUGGGACCAGUUGGCCACGUUGACUGGUGACUUUGAGAAAAGUAAGAAAGACGGUGAAGAAGCCCAGGUAUGUUAGCUUGGUUUGGGUUUCAUCUUUUCAUUUUUCUUUUCCUUAGCAUUGUGGUAGCGUUGCACAAAACUUUUUCAUUCAGUUUUGCUCUUACAAAGGGAUCAGCACUGAAAUGAUAGGUUUUCAGUCAGUACAGUAAUCUAUUUUUACACACAGUAACGAUUUAUUCGGGUACAACAUUUUUGAAUUUAUUUAGGUACAUAUACAUGUACAUCUGAUUGCUUGUCAAAAUCCAAAUUACCUGAGGAUAAUAUCAUGUUAUUGUAAUUGUUACACCAGUUAAUCAAUGUAAUAAGCUAAAAACCUGUUUUCCAUCAAUGCCGUGCUUCUAGUUAAAUAUAAAUGUAUUUAGAGAUCCUGCAUGUCUUACACUAUUCCAGAAAACAGCACCACUGUAGUGGAAACUAUUGUGAAGAUAAUUUGUGCCUGGCAAUGGUAUGGCUAAUAUAUUCACAGACAUCCGGAAAAGUGUAUGGAGGUGUAUCAUAUCGUUUAGUAAAUUUUUGGAACUAAAGUACUUAACAGGACAAACGUUUAUCUAAAUUUCAUCGUGAAAUACACCAGAAGAUAUUGCCAAUACUUCUAAUCCAAUCUCUUGAUCACCUUCAAUGUAUUUGCAGUUUCCUUUGUCCUGUAGUGCCUAAUUUUGGUCACUUGUGGCUAAAUUCCACUAGAGAGGUUUUCUACCAAAGCGUUUCUUGCUACAAAUUUUGUAAGGCUUAAAAAUCUCAAAAAAUCUUCCAACGAGAAAAAAGUUUUAAAAAUAAACUAAAUUGCAGGUUGUUUAAGCUUGUCUAGUGCGCUUGGUGCUGACGAUAUGUAUCUCAGCUUUGAUUGGUUAUGCUCCCCCUUCUGACAGACUAUUUGUUGUUUUCGUUACAGCUGUUAGGUCGCAUGGGAACUCUUGAAGAAUCUGGUCAAGCCUGUUUAUACCUGGCUGCCGAAGCAACGUUCAGUACUGGAAUUGAUUUGUUGUUGAGUGGGGGUGCUGAACUCACUUAUGGCAAGAAAACCCAAGUGGAAAAUGCAUAG